AUGUCCAUUUGCAUCAUGAAUUCCAUCAAGCUUCUAGUGUCGUCGUUUGAAAGCUUGUAUCCCGCAGACAACAGUGUGUCCUUUGAAGAUGCUGAAGGUGAGAAAACCCGACUAGACCCAACAUUGGAGCCCGAGGCAAUACCAAAAGUUAAAGAAGACGCAGAGGAGGGGAAUGAGGACGAGGAAGAAGAAGAAGAAGAAGAGGAAGAAGAAGAAGAAGAAAUAGAAAUAGAAGAUGAAGAAGAACUUGAAGAUGAGGAACUUGAAGAUGACGACGAAGAAGAUGAAGAAGUACUGGCUAAUGGUCAACAGAACAGGUAUAACACCAGCCCAUCCAAAAGACUCAGACGACGUUCAAGAAAGUCAAACAAUAAUACAACUAGUACUACCACCAAUAAUAAUAAUAAUAGUAAUAAUAGUAAACAAUUCCAUGAAGUUGAUCUUUUAGAGGAAGAAAUCGUCAAGCUAGAUGACAUUGAAUCAUCACCAGUGACUCAAGCAUUACCUAAAGAUGAUUAUGAACAUGAACACUUGAAAGAAGAAAAGCAGCCUAGAUUCAUUAAUAAAGUAGCAUAUGUCAUCUUAUUUAUUCCCAAUUAUGCUAUUCUUAAACCAUUACUUUUCAUGUGGUAUCUUGUGACUUACCCUUUUGCAUAUUUCCUUAAUAUCAGUAAUUAUGAUGAUGAUGAUAAUCUUUCUCAUCCUCCGGUUGAUCACCAUAAAAUUGAACUGACAGUUGAAGAUAAAACCGAAUUGCUUAAACACGAAAACUUGUUGUCAAAUAACUUCAAGUCCCCCACAGAAUCAUCAAAAUACAUAAUCCCCCCUCCACAACGAUUGUAUCCACUUUCAAGACGUCCGGAUAGACCUCGGAAACGCAAGACGUUGAUUUUGGACUUGGAUGAAACGCUUAUCCAUUCGCUUUCAAGAGGGUCUCCCAGGUCUUAUUCCAAUUCUGCAUCUUCCCAAUUGAUAGAAAUCAGUUUACAUAACAUAUCCACCUUGUACUAUGUUCUCAAACGUCCAUAUUGUGAUCACUUUUUACUGGAGGUAUCGAGGUGGUAUGACUUACAAGUUUUCACUGCCAGUGUCAAGGAAUAUGCUGAUCCGAUCAUUGAUUGGUUGGAAAGUGAAGUCCUUGCCCAAGCAGAUAAAGCAGCAGCAAAAUCAGCAACGAGUUCAGCAGUUUCUCAAUAUAAACUUCUGUCUACAAGAGCAUUAGGCACUGAAAUAUUGGGACGAGAUUCAGUAGGGAACAGGUUCCCAAGACGAAACUUGUUUAGCAGAAGGUAUUACAGAAACGACUGUACCUUCCGACCAGGCGUAGGGUACAUCAAGGACUUAUCCAAGUUUUUCCCCAAGGAUGAUGAGCUUAAACAUGUAGUUAUCUUGGAUAACAGUCCAGUGAGCUAUGCUUUACAUGAAGAUAAUGCCGUGAUGAUCGAAGGCUGGAUUAACGACCAAGAUGAUCGUGAUCUCUUGAAUCUUUUGCCCAUGUUGCACAGUUUGAGUGUCUGUAUUGAUGUACGGUUUAUCUUGGGACUUAGAUCUGGAGAGAAGGUUUUUGAAAAGUAUUAG